GAUUGUCCGCAGGGCGGCGGCAGCCGGGCUUGCCGCAACUGUGGUCAGGAGGGCCACAUGGCCAAGGAGUGCACCGAACCGCUCAACCUCGCGAGCGUCCAGUGCCGCAACUGCGAUGAGUACGGCCACAUGAGCAAGGACUGCCCCAAGCCGCGCGACCGCAAGUCUCCACUGUUUUGCUAUUAUCUAGGCUCGUCUAUCUUGCUGACUACUGUGCAGUGGCGCGUAUCAAGUGCAGCAACUGCCAGCAGAUGGGCCAUUUGAAGGCCAAGUGCCCCAACCCCCUGGUUCCCGAGGACGCGGCCGAGGGUGGCUACGGAAAUGGAGCUGCCGACAGCGGCGGCUUCGACGAUGCUGGCUUCGACAAUGGCGGCUUCGACAGCGGUGCUCCCGGCGGCGUCGGCGAUGACUGGAACACUGCCCCGGUGGCCGCGGCUGCUUGGUAAAUCGUGUAUAUGGCUAUCUGCCGGGUGGGAGUCGGAUCUUUUCGCAUUGGCGAGACCUUGGUCGUCUACAUUGGCUGAUGAUCUUUGGGAGGCCAUUUUCCACGAAUUUUGCCUUCAUGGCAGGGGAGAUGGACGGAUAUGGCGUGCGCCUAGAUUAGCCAGAGACGGCCAGGUAGUGGAAGUGGUUU